CACGCAAGCAAUGUGCGCAGCGCGACGCGACCUCCCAUGUGUCGCUUUGAGCUGUUGAGUUUGCUCAUCGUCUUUGUCCAGCGUCUCACUGUGAGGAGCCGCAAAAAGCAGGCUCCGACAACGGCUGCCCCGCCUUUGUCGCCGCUGCCAUGCUCCACGAAAUUCUCCUCUCGCUCUCCGGACACCCCUCAGCACUCUUCGAUGCCCAGCAAGGUUCCACGCACGUGACCUCGACUGCGAGCCGCUUGUUGUCACCUCCAGAAGCUGAAUUGUUGGCCUCAAUUGGUCAUCUGUCCCGAUUACACCGGAAGACACGCGACCAUGUUGCAAGAGUUGCAAGUUCUCACCCGUCCACUGUUUGUCGAGCAGUAGCUACUGCCAUAACCUCGUACCAUCUGGACAAAUUUCAACAAAAGAUCCUGGAAGUCGAGAGCCAAAUCUUGAAGCAAGAUGCAUCGACUGUUGGAGCGUACAACAUUGUGCCGCUAGCCGGCAUCGUUGGCGAGUUCUCUGGAUGGGUUAGAUUGAUGGAGUGGCUUUGGGACAUCAGUAAUUUCAUGCUACCAUCAGAACUACCACCAAAGAGUGAAAAGAUCAGCCAGAAAGCAGCUUCGGGCUCCGAGCUCAUUGACAAGCUGCGAACAGAAGCUCAAACAGGGUACCCGGACAUCGAAGAAGCUGCUCAGUACUUGGGGAAAGUUGCAGAGACAGCAUGGUUACGGCAACUGUCGACAUGGCUUCUAUAUGGCCGCUUACCAUCCUUCGGCGCAUCCGACUUCUUCAUCGCACAAGAAGAUGAAGACUCCAACGAGCUCUCUUUCGUGGCUCGGAACAGGCUAUUGCCGAAAUUCGUGUCUCGCCAGACCGCGCUGUCCAUCAUGUUUGUGGGGAAGUCACUCAAUCAGAUACGAUCACUGCCAUCCACGUCGAAGACGAAGACUGCAACAACACAGAUAUCGGAGCUCGAGCUCCUGCCAGUCCAUGUGCAACAUCUCUCCCAAGUGACUGCGCCCAUCUCUUCCGCAAAGCUAUCUGAGGUUAUCGCAAACAUUCGGACAUCACUCUCACGCAACUUGCUUCAGCAUCUGUUGCCUCGAGAGAAGAUAGUUGAGACUCUCAACGUACUAUACCAGUUCUUUCUGCUUGGCCGAGGCGAGUUCGCGAUGGUGCUGAUAGCGGAGGCUGAUGAUAAGCUUUCUUCCCGACAUCGUGGUCCACAGUCGACGAAGUCUGGUCAAUCUAUCAAAGGUCUUCUCUUGAAGGAAGCUGAGAUCAACCAAACUCUGGCGCGUUCACUCUCGGUCUUGUCAACUCUUGGUGGUGAAGAUGAUCACAUCGAUGACAUCCUCGAUGCUGCAUCAGACAUCUUGCAUCUUGACGUGCACAGUGCAUCAGGCCAUCGCCCUGGCACCCCUGGUCGUGCGAAGGAUGCUGAGUCUGCACUACCGCAGAUUCCUAACAUGUCGUUCGAUGAUCUAUUGCUAUCGGUGCCCGUCUCCCUUAGCAUGGACAUCUUGUCACCUCUCGAUUUGUUCAUUACCAAAGCCGAUAUAGAUGUCUACUCAUCGAUAAACAAUUACUUACUCGCAGUCAGACGAGCUCAUCUCCACCUCGCGCAACUAUGGCGGCACAGCACGAUUCGACGAGAUCACCCGUGUCCGCCAGGUUAUCAGUACAGCAAUUCAUCACGCGGAAAGGCAAUCCUGAAGCGACGGCGUCAGCGAACGAACCAGCGAGCUCGAAAUAUGCGGAACAUCUGGGCGACUUGCCGAGCCGCUAUCUUCUUCCUGGCUGAGAGCGAGGCCUACUUCCAAGGAGAAGUCGUACAAGAGUCUUUCAAGGCAUUUCUAGAUUGGGUACAGGGGCCUAAGAAACAUCAACAUACUGAGACUCGGCCGACAACGCCAGAUAGGCCACCAACAAGAGGAACGGACGAGGUUGCGUUAGAGGGUGAAACGCAGCAGCAACACGAUCCGGAGGCGCUUGCACUCGCACAUCGACACUUCCUUGCUUCUGUCGCAUACUCACUUCUCAUAAUGGAUGGCGCCUUCACCAAAACGCUACGCACUUUCUGCACCCACGUGGAUGAUAUCGUCGCUCACAUCACGCGCCUUCAAUCUAUCCAGCAAAACCUUGACCUCGAGGAAGACGAGGGCGUAGAAGACUUCUCGCAGAACUACAAAAAAGAGGAGGCAAACGUCAGCCUGGAGAUGGACCGUGCAAGAAGGAGACUUGAUAGCGACCUCAAAGGGCUGGUGGAGCGGCUGAGGGAGAUUGAUAGCGAGAGAAUCGGUGCCAGCGGACCGCGACCCACGAACGUUCUAGAGGACGACGAAGGCAGAUAUGAACCACUCCGAGUCGGUGGCAUCGACCGACUGCUCAUGAAGCUGGAUUGGGGUGUAGAGGAUGCUGAGGAGGAGCAUGAAGACCUAUUAUAG